AUGCUAGCUUUAAAAUCCUCUGGCAUGGAGCUACGAAAAUGGGCUAGUAAUGACCAGGAUCUGAUGGCAACGAUACCUCUCGAGCAUCGAUGCAAGCAGACAUCCCUCAGUUGGGACAAUGCGGACACCAUCAAAACACUGGCAAAGAUUAUAUUGAAAGAAAUCACACUAGCGAAGCAAUAUCGCGAGGACGGAUCGAGUACAUCACUGGAUUGGGAUGAGCCAGUUCCCAACACCAUUGCCGUCAAAUGGCAACAAUUUCGACAGCAACUAAUGAAGGUUAAGACGAUCAAAAUACCACGCAGCGUCAAAUUUACGCCACUAUUUAGUAGUGAGAUACAACUGCACACCUUUUGCGAUGGAUCCUCCAGUGCUUACGCAGCAGCAGUGUAUGCACGCACCCAACAGUCUGAUGGGACUUUCUAUACAACGCUCAUCGUCGCAAAAUCAAAAAUUUCGCCAACCAAGCCGUUAACAAUACCGCGCACUGAGCUAUGCGGUGCAGUAUUAGCUACCAAACUCACCAAAUGGGUGCUGGAGAAUAACCGAUGGACCAAUGCACAUAUAUCUACCUUUUACUGGACCGAUGCUACCAUUGUUCUGCACUGGAUUAAAGGAGACAUUACUAGGUGGAAAACGUUUGUAGCCAACCGAGUGUCUUACAUUCUCGACCACACCUCAGCGGCUCAGUGGCACCACAUAGACACAUCGGAAAACCCAGCAGAUUGCGCAACCAGAGGCUUACCACCGAGCCAAAUACCUGAUAUUUGGUGGCAUGGCCCAUCCUGGCUAUGCAAACCACACAAUAUUUGGCCAAACACGCAAUCACAAUUGCUCAAUCCAGAAGAACGGGAUCUGGAGGCCAAAUCCAUAAAAAUUAGAGCCUUCACUACCUUGUCAGACACAAAGGAUUCUAUUAUUGACCGAUUCUCGUCGUAUACAAAACUGCUACGUGUCACGGCAUACAUGUUACGAUUCUGCCACAAUGCUCAUGCUCGAGCACAACGAAGUCACGGAUCACUCUCUCCUGACGAGCUGGAUGAGGCCCUGUGCUGCAUAGCUCGCCUUGCACAAUCCGAUACAUUUCACGCCGACAUCCAAGCGCUUAAAAGGAACAAGCCAUUUGGUAAUUCAACACUCUCAUCAGCUCACUCUACAUGGCGGCGCUCAAUUAACACUGGCUCACAUACGCUACAAAUUCUGGAUUCCCAGAGGCAGACAAGCAGUCAGGCGAAUCAUCCGAAAUGCGUCACAUGUUUUAAGGUAGCUCCAGUCGUAGCGAAGCAAUUGAUGGGUGACUUGCCAUUACAUCGAGUCAACCCCCAACUCGUCCGUUCAUUACAACAGGAGUUGACUACACUGGUGCGAUUGAACUUCAAGCCGCGCGUGUACGAGGAUCAACCACCUACAAAGGCUAUGUAG